AGAACUGUAAGGCAGAGCUUGGUAUGAUACCAUGGAAGGGCAGCACAACCAUCCACAUCAUCUAGGGGACCAGAACAACCCUCUGUGCAAGCUGCCAGGGCAGGAAUUCCAGCAUGAUCCUCAGAGACACCUGACGUCUUUCCCCUACCGCUGCACCUUGGCUGACUUCCAGAUAGAGAAGAAGAUCGGACGAGGCCAAUUCAGUGAGGUUUACAGAGCAACUUGUCUGCUGGACAGAAAACCUGUGGCACUAAAGAAAGUCCAGAUCUUUGAAAUGAUGGAUGCCAAGGCCAGGCAGGAUUGCAUUAAGGAGAUUGACCUCUUGAAGCAACUGAACCACCCCAAUAUAAUUAAGUAUUUGGAUUCCUUUAUUGAAGACAAUGAGCUCAACAUUGUCCUGGAGUUGGCUGACGCUGGAGAUCUCUCUCAGAUGAUUAAGUAUUUUAAAAAGCAGAAACGGUUAAUCCCGGAAAGGACAGUGUGGAAAUAUUUUGUGCAGUUAUGCAGUGCAGUGGAACACAUGCACUCCCGCAGGGUGAUGCACAGAGACAUAAAACCAGCCAACGUGUUCAUAACAGCCACGGGGGUGGUGAAGCUGGGAGAUCUUGGACUGGGCCGGUUUUUCAGUUCUAAAACCACUGCAGCACAUUCCUUAGUGGGAACUCCAUACUAUAUGUCCCCAGAACGAAUACAUGAAAACGGCUAUAACUUUAAGUCUGAUAUCUGGUCUUUGGGCUGUUUGUUGUAUGAGAUGGCAGCUCUGCAGAGUCCCUUCUAUGGAGACAAAAUGAACCUGUUCUCUCUUUGCCAAAAAAUAGAGCAAUGUGACUACCCACCUCUUCCAGCAGAGCAUUACUCUGAAAAGCUGCGGGAGCUGGUCAGCAUGUGCAUAUACCCCGACCCCGACCAGAGGCCUGACAUCGGCUACGUGCACCAGGUGGCCAAACAGAUGCACGUGUGGACCUCGAGCACAUGA